AUGCCAUCAUCCUCAGACACAGGAGUUUCGGACACCCUGGAUCCUAUGGCAGUUGUGUCCGAUGAUGAGAUUCCAUCCGAGCGACAGAUCUACACAUCAGACACCACCAGCACUGACGACGACGAUUUUCAGCCCUUCACGCUACCGGAUGUCGGAGUUGAGCUUGCUGAUGGCCUUCCUGCCGGGGAUUUACCACUUGCGGUGAUCCCUGCUCCUAUACCUCUUGCUGCUUAUCCAGCAUUCAACAUGCCACUCGAUGCCGUUUCUGACGACGACAUUGAUCUAUUCGAGGCGGACCCACCUGAGGCUGACUAUGAGGGCGGGGCCCCUAUUGCUGUUGACGUCCUUCUACCCAUUGCUGAGGCCCCUACAGAGGAGCUUCCUACUGAUUCACCGGUCCCAGAUUCCUUUAAGUCUGUGGCAUCUGUGUCCUUACACACUCAGGGAGUGCAACAUCACUCUUCAGACGCCGACCCUAACAUGGCGUUAUCAGCUGCACCUGCUCCCUCAGGCGAGUUCGAGUUCGACCAUGAGGUUGAUGAUGAUUUCGAUCCUGUCUUUCCCCCUGAUUUCGAUCCUGACCAGGAUAUCGAGUUCAUUCACCUGGACCAUCCCUUAGAGGCGCCUGUAGAUCCCAUUGACCCUUUGUUUGAUAUUCCCGCUGAUUUGGAUAUGGAUCCUGUUGACCCGGAGCCUGUCGUGGCCCCAGGGCCUGUAGUUGCUCCUGAUCCGGCAUUAGAGCAUGACCCUGUUCAUGAUGAUGCACCAGCCAUUGCACCUCUUGUUAAUGAUAUACCCAUUGCUGAUCAUCCCAUUGUUGCCCCACCGUUGGUGGAUGAUCCUGUUGUUGACGCUCCGUUACCUGAUCCUAUGUCGGUACUGUUUGACCGCGCACCUUUUGCUGCUCAUAUAGAUCCACGUUACGCCGACACCCACAACGGGUGGAUCGAUGACGAUGACGAUUACCCACCAUUUGUGCGACCAGUCACUCCCCCAGUAGCACCCGUGUCUGCACCCACUGAUAUCCCACUGUUCCCUCCACACACCACAGAUGCUCAUCGCACUGACCUUCCCAUUACAAUCCUCCAAGACAUACCGCCACCUCGUCCUGGAGAGGGGUCAUCGAGGCAGCCGCCUGUUUCUGCCCCACACAUGUUGUCAUCACCUUUUCCGUUCACUCCUCAGUUUCCUCAUGUUACACCACCUACUGCACCACCCUUCACUCCAUCGAGCGAGCCAUUUUUUAUGGACUACGCCCCCUAUCAUGCCAUUGUCUGA